GCAUCACUCCCCUUAACACCCGGAUAGUUGGAGGUGAAGACGCACCACCUGGAAGUUGGCCCUGGCAGGUUAGUCUGCAGAGAUUUCGCCGCCAUGUUUGUGGUGGUUCCCUCAUCAACAGAGAGUGGGUAAUGACUGCUGCUCACUGCUUCUCCAGUACAAGCAGAUGGAGGGUUUCUCUUGGCCGUCAGAACUUGCAAGGUGACAAUCCAAACGAAGUGACCAGAAGGGUUUCCUCCAUUAUCUUGCAUCCAAACUAUGACAGUGUCACCAGUGACAAUGACAUUGCUCUGCUCAGACUUUCCACACCAGUCCAAUUCACAGACUACAUCAGACCUGUGUGUCUGGCAGCGGGUGACAGUACAUUCAACAACGGUACUGAUAGCUGGGUCACUGGCUGGGGCGCAGUCCAGGAGGGAGUGUCAUUACCGUUCCCUGAAACUCUGCAAGAAGUGCAGGUGCCAGUUCUGGGAAAUCGACAGUGUAACUGCCUCAAUGGAGUGGGUACAGUCACAGACAACAUGAUUUGUGCUGGUGUUCUGGCAGGAGGCAAAGACUCGUGUCAGGGUGACUCAGGAGGUCCAAUGGUGAAUCAGCAGGGCUCCAUCUGGGUCCAAUCUGGAGUUGUGAGUUUUGGUUUUGGCUGUGCUCGGCCCAAUCUGCCGGGAGUAUACUCCAGGGUUUCCCGUUACCAGUCCUGGAUCGAGUCCCUCAUCAGCUCAGAUAAGCCCGGCUUUGUCCAGUUCACCUUCAAUGGGCUUGAUGCUGACAGCAGUUACACCUGUCCUGGCCUGCCACCUCCUGUUAUUACCCCUACUACUGCAGAACCAGAAGGAACCACCCCAGAUUCAGGAUCCACAGCCUCAAUGUGUGGCAUCACUCCCCUUAACACCCGGAUAGUUGGAGGUGAAGACGCACCACCUGGAAGUUGGCCCUGGCAGGUUAGUCUGCAGAGAUUUCGCCGCCAUGUUUGUGGUGGUUCCCUCAUCAACAGAGAGUGGGUAAUGACUGCUGCUCACUGCUUCUCCAGUACAAGCAGAUGGAGGGUUUCUCUUGGCCGUCAGAACUUGCAAGGUGACAAUCCAAACGAAGUGACCAGAAGGGUUUCCUCCAUUAUCUUGCAUCCAAACUAUGACAGUGUCACCAGUGACAAUGACAUUGCUCUGCUCAGACUUUCCACACCAGUCCAAUUCACAGACUACAUCAGACCUGUGUGUCUGGCAGCGGGUGACAGUACAUUCAACAACGGUACUGAUAGCUGGGUCACUGGCUGGGGCGCAGUCCAGGAGGGAGUGUCAUUACCGUUCCCUGAAACUCUGCAAGAAGUGCAGGUGCCAGUUCUGGGAAAUCGACAGUGUAACUGCCUCAAUGGAGUGGGUACAGUCACAGACAACAUGAUUUGUGCUGGUGUUCUGGCAGGAGGCAAAGACUCGUGUCAGGGUGACUCAGGAGGUCCAAUGGUGAAUCAGCAGGGCUCCAUCUGGGUCCAAUCUGGAGUUGUGAGUUUUGGUUUUGGCUGUGCUCGGCCCAAUCUGCCGGGAGUAUACUCCAGGGUUUCCCGUUACCAGUCCUGGAUCGAGUCCCUCAUCAGCUCAGAUAAGCCCGGCUUUGUCCAGUUCACCUUCAAUGGGCUUGAUGCUGACAGCAGUUACACCUGUCCUGGCCUGCCACCUCCUGUUAUUACCCCUACUACUGCGGAACCAGAAGGAACCACCCCAGAUUCAGGAUCCACAGCCUCAAGUGCUGAGUUUCUAUGA